UAAUUCUAUGAUUAAAAAAUCACUCUGCUAGUCUGCUAUGAUGUUCUAAAGUGGAUAGAAUAGAAACAAAUUUACAAUUGUUUAAUCUAUAAAUAAUUUCAAAUUAUUAGAAACGAAAACCAUUAUGGCUACUACAACUAAUAAAGGCACGUUUCAACCGGACUCCGAUUUUCAAAUUAGUUAUGAAGAUCAACAGAAAAUAAAUCAGUUUGCUAGGUUGCAUGCAAAAAUGAAGGAAUUGAAAGAUGAUCUCGUAGUUAAAGAGAAUGACCUCAAGAGUUUAGAAGAAGCGUGUGAUGAAAUUGCACUAUUUGAUGAUGACGAGAAAAUUCCAUAUCUUGUAGGAGAGGUCUUCAUAUCUCGUGAUGCUACUACCACACAAGAGUGCCUUGAAGAAGCAAAAAAAGGAAUAUCUCAAGAAAUGAAGGAUCUUCAGAUGAAGACUAAUGAAUUAAAAGAAAGUAUGAAUGACCUUAAAUAUCAUUUGUAUGGCAAAUUUGGUAGUCAUAUUAAUUUGGAAGCAGAAGAAUGAAUGAAAAUUUCAUUUUCCAAUUAAAAAUGUAAUAAUAAAUUUAUUGUUUAAAUUA